CAACCACAGUCGAUUAAUCUAGACCAUGAUCGGUUCGUUGCAGCCCAGACUUCGGCCCUCACACUUUUAUUUUGAAAGACGUAACCGGAAGCCGUGUGCUCCCCAGCUUGACCGUGGUCCCUCCUCAGCAUCACCGCAUCAUCCGCCGUCCUCUCCCUCAACACGGGACCGAAAACUGACCGAAGGAUCCGGGAUAAUGGACGACGUCCCUCCGAUCAUCAACAUCUCCAUCUCCCUGCGGAUCCAGCCCAAUGAGGGGCCCGUGUUCUUCAAGGUGGACGGGACCCGGUUUGGACAGAGCAGGACCAUCAAACUGCUCACAGGCUCCAAAUACAAGAUCGAGGUGAUGCUGAAGCCUGGAAACGUCGAGGCCACCAACAUGAACAUCGGAGGCAUCAUCUUCCCUCUGGAGCAGCAGUCCAGGGACGAGGAGUCGGUGGUUUACCACGGCCAGUACGACACCGAGGGCGUCCCGCACACCAAGAGCGGAGACCGGCAACCUGUCCAAGUCAGCAUGGAGUUCAACAAAGCGGGGACGUUUGAGACGGUCUGGCAGGCGAAAUACUACAAUUACUACAAGAGGGAGCACUGCCAGUUCGGCAACAAAUUCAGCAGCAUCGAGUACGAGUGCAAGCCCAACGAGACGCGGACCCUCAUGUGGAUCAACAAGGAGGCCUUCAACUGAGUCCGCUCGUCCUCCCACCGCCCCCACACCAAAUAC